AUGAACAGCGGCGCAGGGGGCGAGCCGCGGGAGGGAGCAGAAGAGCGGCCGGCCCAGCGGCUCUACCCCCUGCUCCAGACGCUUGCCUUGCUGGCCCUGCUGCUAGACCUGCCUAUCUUCUUCCUUGUCUCCAUCGCCCCCACCCUCCUCUGCCACUACCCGGGCCUUGGACCCGCCCUUGUCGCCCUCUUUGUAUCUCUGGCUUCUCCCUUGGACCCCGGCAUCCAGCCCCGCGGCCUGGAUUCGAACCCGGAGAUGGUCUGGAAACCCGCGCCGAUUGACCCCGCCGAGCCCAUCAUCCAUCCCCAUCCUCCCCCUGUCUCCCAUGAAAAUAAUGCAAAGCCGCUCGAGUACAACCAGGUUGGCAAAUGGGAGCUCCUCCCCCGCUGGAUCAAGCUCCAAAACACCCGCCGCAACCACGCCUCCCACAAUAUCUACAACCAGCAGCCCGUGCCACUUGACUUCCUCUCCCACAAGGAAAUCAACCAUCAUUGCAGUUACCUCAAUGAGAUCCCUUCCCCGUUGAGACUGUUUGCAAAGAGCCACAAUAACAUCUUGAGCUUGAGUCCUUCAAACUCAGGUCUCAUCGAAAACGUAGGCUGGGCAUCUGAGAGCUGCAUCCUGGAAAGUACACAAUCAAUGCGCACGGUGAACGUCAACGGAUUCUUGCUGGAGAACCUGAUCUUGAGCCCGCUGGAUGAAGUGAGUGAAUGUCUUGAUCUGGAGGAUCUCACGACGGUCAAAGUCUUGCUUCUUGCGUCCCAAUCGCAGCCUAUCACCUGGUCUGGGGAGCUCACCAACGUGAUGCAGGGCAAGAAGAUCCGGGUGUUCAACCACAAGACCCGCUUCCAUUGGGUCGCUUUUUUACGCAAAUAG